UGUUACUGUAAUGUCACUGUCAGAAAUUAUGAUAGGUCGUGGUCCAUCGACGAUCAAUAACAAAUUAUCAAUUGUUAUCAAUUCCAUUUCUAUCAUUCAUCUGCCCUAGAUCUGCCCUGACCUUAUCAUCCCCUCGCCUCAAUAACAGAAAACUUGCAGGUCAUUCAUCAUGGUAUCUUAACCGAAUACAUUUUGAGGUUACCGUGUGCACAAAGCUUACCAGGGUACUUCAGACAAAUUGAAAUAUAACUUUGUGUUUUUAACAUUUUUUUGUAAAGAUGAACAGCAUACGUGGUUUAUUCAGAUUGUGUCAAAAAAGUUUAAGCAGAAGACCGUAUGUUGUACCGGCAAUUCAAACUGGAGUUUUAAUGGGCUCCGGAGAUAUAAUUAGCCAGACUUUAAUUGAGAACAUUCGCAUAACAGAUAUAGAUGUUAAGAGAACUUUAAAAUUUUCAUCAAUAGGCUUUUUUGUGGGGGGACCUGCCUUGCGUUAUUGGUAUGGAACACUAUACAAGUUUGUUGGUUCGAGUGGCAAAACUGUGGCAUUGAAAAAAGUGAUCAUUGAUCAGAUCUUUUUUGCACCAAUAUUUUUAUUUUCUAUUCUAGUUGCAGUAGCUGUAAUGCAAGGAAAGGAUGUGGAUAAUAUUAAAAAAGAUUUAGAAGCCAAUUAUUUGGAUGUCUUAAAAACAAAUUACUAUCUUUGGCCAUGGGUACAAAUAAUAAAUUUUUCCUUUGUUCCCUUACAAUAUCAAGUUUUACUUGUUCAAGUAGUUGCACUUUUUUGGAACACAUAUUUGUCAUGGAAAACCAAUAAAAAAACAGAGAUUGUUAAAAUUAAUUGAAAGCUUUGCAAUUAAACAUGAAUAUUAUGUACUAAGCACAUUUGUAAAUCAUUGAAUUUUUCUUACUACAGACAGCUACUUAGUGCUAUUUAUACAUUAAUCAUAAGCAAAGCCUCUUAUUUUUUUUAUACCUAAUAAAAAAACGGCAGUUAAA